GAGGCAGAGUUACCGUCAGAACUGAAUAAUGAAGGAUACUGUGAUUUUAACAGCAGGCCGAACGAGAACUCUUACUGCUAUCAGCUCCUGCAAGAGCUCAACGAGCAGAGGAAGAAAGGCAUUCUUUGUGAUGUUAAUAUUGUGGUGAGUGGGAGGGUCUUCAGAGCUCACAAGAACAUCCUGGUUGCAGGCAGCCGCUUCUUUAAGACUCUGUAUUGCUUUACAAACAAAGAAAGCCGUAACCAAACCACUGUUACCUAUUUAGACGUUGUUGCUGUUCAAGGUUUUUCUGUCAUCUUGGACUUCCUAUAUUCUGGUAACCUCGUGCUUACGAGCCAAAAUGCCAUUGAAGUGAUGUCGGUGGCCAGCUACCUUCAGAUGACCGAGGUUGUCCAGUCCUGCCGCAACUUCAUUAAAGAUGCCUUAAGCAUAAGUAUAAAAUCGGAAGCUCCAGAGACCGUUGUAGUGGAUUACAACAGAAGAUCUGUUAGUAGGGAUGGUUUGUCUCCAAGGGAUCAGAAAGUUGCCAGCUUCUGGGCAACACGAAACCUUACCAACUUGGCAAGUAGCAUUAAAACUGAGAACGAUCCUUACCCUAUUGACGAGGGCCAAAUGGAAAGCUACCAAAUGAAUGACUGCGGUUGGGUCCAGGACAGCUCACCUGAAAUGGCUGAAAAUGAAUCUCAAGGUGAGGGAAAAGUUUUCGUGUGGAAUGACAUGGGUGCACAGGGACAAUCAGUUCAAGAACCUGGAAAGGCAAGAAGGAAAAACCAAGCUGCAAAGAGAUUUAUUUAUAAUAUACCACCUAAUACUGAAGAGAACUCGGAAGAUUGCUCAGUGUUGCAGCCAUCAGUCCCCUAUCCAGAAGAAGAUUUGUCAUUUAUUAAAGAAGAAGCAGCUACUUCCAGUGACUUCAAGUAUGGAUUGCUGCCGGGGACUUCCAGUGACUUCAAGUAUGGAUUGCUGCCGGGGACUUCCAGUGACUUCAAGUUCGGACUGCUGCCGGGUACCUCUAGUGACUUCAAGUAUGGACUGCUGCCAGAGUCAUGGCCGAAAGACGCUUGGGAAAAUGGCGAUUCCUCUGCUUUAAUCAUGAACAAGUUGAAGUGUCCACACUGUAAUUAUGUAGCCAAAUACAGAAGAACACUAAAGAGACACUUGCUCAUUCACACAGGCGUGAGAUCUUUCAGUUGUGACAUCUGUGGGAAGCUGUUUACACGAAGAGAGCAUGUAAAGAGACAUUCCUUGGUGCAUAAAAAGGAUAAAAAGUAUAAAUGUAUGGUGUGUAAGAAGAUUUUCAUGCUAGCAGCCAGUGUUGGAAUAAGACAUGGAUCACGACGUUAUGGAGUUUGUGUUGACUGUGCAGAUAAAUCUCAACCUGGAGGGCAAGAGGGAGCAGACCAGGUGCAGGACACAGAUUUCCCUAGGGAUGAAGAAUAUGAGGAAAAUGAAGUGGGAGAAGGCGAUGAGGAGCUCGGUGAUGAUGUAGAAGAACAGAAUGACCAGUCUCGAUGGGAUGAAGCUGGGGAAGUUUGUAUGCCUUUAGAUGACUGACAGAGCAUAUGACUUCAGGGUGCUGCGAAUGGACACUAUGGAUUGACUGUUUGAAGUUUUGGACUGAAGGCUUGUGAAAUAUGGUACAGGCUGGAUGGUAGUUACGUUGCUGUGAAAAAUGUAGGGUCAAAGCCUUAUAGCAAAAAAGGAUUAUUAAUUUUUUUAUGAUAUUUGCACAGGACUGUACAGCAUACAACCAUUUGGUUGAAUUAUACAGAGUCCUCACAUCUACAGUCAGUUAUCAAAAGAAAAAUGUAUUUUUUAUUAUUUAUAGGCUAUAGCUACUUGGUUCCUAUUCAGACAUAGUAGUAACUGUACUUAUGUUACACAUUCAUGUAUCUGUGUACAUGAAUGAAGAGAAUUGCAACUUGGUAUGGAAACACAAAGACAGCUUUCCCAAACCCGCUCGUACUUUGUCAGUGAACCAGUGAAGCUAAUUUGGGCCGGUGGCUCUGGUUGGCCACAAGCAUGUCUUGCCAUGCAAACCUUACCUCUCCCGACCCGAUAGGUGAAAGCCAAACACUUAAAUACGCAUCACGGAUAUUGCCAACACCACAUUGAAAUUUGGCUUUAAUACUUUUGGCUCUGCUGGCAGGUGGUAUGGGUGAUAAGCACUGGAGAA